AAAAAAAGAAAAAGAAAAAAGAAAAAAGAGAAACUCCCUCUAGUUUUGAAGAUGGGUGUGAAUUUCUGAGAGGUUGCUGCUUAGGGUUUCUAGGUUUGUCACCUUUUGAAGAGGUUGCUAUUUUUAAGUUUCAUUAGAACAUGCUGUGUUUCAUGAAACAGCUUUUUUGAUUUAAGUUAGUGGAAAGGAGCCUGUAUAAAUUGGGUUUUUAAAUAAAUGUAAUUAAGUCAAUUCAUAUUAAGAUGUCCUUAUACCCUCAUUAGGUAAAGUCUUCAACACGGUUAAAGAUUACCAAGUGGUGGUUCUUGGAAUAGUUAUAAUAGAGAAGAUUUAAUUCUCAGGUUAGAAGUUAAGUCGCACAUGGAUUUUGAAUACUGGCCCCACUAGCUGUCACCUGUGCGACUUCAACUGAGUCAUUUCUUGCCCCUGAACCUGUAAAAUGGCAUCACAGUGGUUUCGGGGGACUUGCUGAGGAUCAGUUACACUGACUUGGGAAACGCCAUGCAGUGUGCCUGUCGUUUAGCCGGAAUUUGGAAGGAGCUCUCUCUGUAGAAUGAGAGGAGAAGGUAACAUUUAAAUUCAUUGGACUUAGGAAUUCAGCAUGAUAUCAAAUCUGAAUCUCGUGGCCUUUCGGACCUGCUAUUUCCGAUUUCCCUGAGCUAAAACAGUCUGUGACGUCGACGUGAAAGGCUACAUGUUUGCUUUCUGUGGCUGGAGUGAGAUUGGUGGGCCUGUCCAACUUGCGGCCUGCAGGAGGAGGGAUGAGAGCAUUUAGCUAAAACUGUUAAGUAAUCCGUUGAGUUUGGUAUUACCUCUUUCUCUAAGCGUGACUCUUGGAAAUUCUGGUUGAGAAUAAUGAAAACGGUAGUAUUUAAGUAUGUUUUUCUUCUCUUUUUUCAUAAAUUAAUUGUCGUAUGUGCUUUUAGAAUUUUAGGUGUUGUUCUGGUCAUCAUUUUAUAACAGGCAUGAAAGAUCCAAGCAAUGAUACUGUAAUUGAUGGAAAUUUGGAGGAGCUUUUCCCUGAGGAUGUGUUAAAAAUACAUUAAGAAAAAACUUUUCAAAUAGUAUGGAAAUGGGUACAUUGGAUAACACUUCUUCCCUCUGAUUGACCCCCUCUUCCCUGUAAUCAGAAAUUACUUCUGAGAAGCAGUCAUUGUGGAGUUUCUUAAAUAUUUUGACUCACGUUAUUUUUCAUUCUGGCUGAUGGCUAAGGUGGUGAAAGAUGAAAGCCUAAACCUAAAAAAACAAAACAAAAACCCUGGGAUGAUAAUGAAAUCACAAAUUCUUUGACUGUUAGCCUUACGCAUUUAUUCCUUGAGACCUGGCAGGCAGACAGCAUAGAUGCCAUUGAAUGCCACUUUAGAAAGGCUUGCCGUGAGCCUGCCUGUGAUUCCAGAUGCUUGUAGCACUGAAAAGAGGAUGUUUCUUUUUUGGUUUCAAAAUGUAAUGGAUUGUAACGCUCUAGUCAGUUUAUUGUGCUAAUGACAACUUUUGUUUCUAACGUUAAAGAUAUACUUCUCAGCCAUGUGAGAUUGUGGUAGACUGUGGACCAUUUACUGACAGAAGUGGGCUUUAUGAAAGACUGCUGAUGGAAUUAGAAGAAGCUCUCAAUUUUAUCAAUGACUGUAACAUAGCUGUACAUUCAAAAGAAAGAGAUUCUACUUUAAUUUCCAAACAGAUACUAUCAGACUGUCGUGCAGUAUUGGUAGUUCUGGGACCUUGGUGUGCAGAUAAAGUAGCUGGAAUGAUGGUAAGAGAACUACAGAAAUAUAUCAAACAUGAACAAGAGGAGCUGCACAGGAAAUUUCUAUUGUUUACAGACACUUUCCUGAGGAAAGUACACGCGCUGUGUGAAGGGCACUUCUCCCCUGCCGCGCUUGACCUGAGAUUUGUAACUCCUAAAGUCAUAAAACUGCUCGAAAUCUUACGCAAAUACAAACCCUACGAGCGACAGCAGUUUGAAAGCGUUGAGUGGUAUAAUAAUAGGAAUCAGGAUAAUUACGUGUCUUGGAGUGAUUCUGAGGAUGAUGAGGAGGACGAAGAAAUUGAAGAAAAAGAAAAGCCGGAGACGAAUUUUCCUUCUCCAUUUACCAACAUUUUAUGUGGAAUUAUUUUUGUGGAAAGAAGAUACACGGCAGUUGUCUUAAACAGAUUGAUAAAGGAAGCUGGCAAACAAGAUCCAGAGCUGGCUUACAUCAGCAGCAAUUUUAUAACUGGACAUGGCAUUGGAAAGAAUCAGCCUCGUAACAAACAGAUGGAAGCAGAAUUCAGAAAACAGGAAGAGGUACUUAGGAAAUUUCGAGCUCACGAAACCAACCUGCUGAUUGCCACGAGCAUUGUGGAAGAGGGUGUUGAUAUACCAAAAUGCAACCUGGUGGUUCGUUUCGAUCUGCCCACAGAGUAUCGAUCCUACGUUCAGUCUAAGGGAAGAGCAAGGGCGCCAAUCUCUAAUUACGUCAUGUUAGCAGAUACGGACAAAAUAAAGAGUUUUGAAGAAGACCUUAAAACAUACAAAGCUAUUGAAAAGAUCUUGAGAAACAAAUGUUCCAAGUCUGUUGAGAGUGGGGAGACCGACCUUGAGCCCGUGGUGGAUGACGACGACAUUUUCCCCCCCUACGUGCUGCGGCCCGACGAUGGCGGUCCUCGGGUCACCAUCAACACGGCCAUUGGACACAUCAACAGAUACUGUGCUAGAUUACCCAGUGACCCGUUUACUCAUCUGGCUCCUAAGUGUAGAACCCGAGAGUUGCCUGAUGGUACAUUUUAUUCAACUCUUUAUCUGCCAAUUAAUUCACCUCUUCGAGCCUCCAUUGUUGGCCCCCCAAUGAGCUGUAUACGAUUGGCUGAAAGAGUCGUAGCUCUCAUUUGCUGUGAAAAACUGCACAAAAUUGGUGAACUGGAUGACCAUUUGAUGCCGGUUGGGAAAGAGACGGUUAAGUACGAAGAGGAGCUUGAUUUACAUGAUGAGGAGGAGACCAGUGUUCCAGGAAGACCCGGCUCCACAAAACGAAGACAGUGCUACCCAAAAGCGAUUCCAGAAUGUUUGCGGGACAGCUACCCCAAGCCCGAUCAGCCCUGUUACCUGUAUGUGAUAGGAAUGGUUCUGACAACACCUCUCCCCGAUGAACUCAACUUUAGAAGGCGGAAGCUCUAUCCCCCCGAGGACACCACAAGAUGCUUCGGAAUACUGACAGCCAAACCCAUACCUCAGAUUCCUCACUUUCCUGUGUACACACGCUCUGGAGAGGUUACCAUUUCCAUUGAGUUGAAGAAGUCUGGUUUCACGCUAUCUCUGCAAAUGCUUGAGCUGAUUACAAGACUUCACCAGUAUAUAUUUUCACAUAUUCUUCGGCUUGAGAAACCUGCACUAGAGUUUAAACCCACCGACGCUGACUCAGCAUACUGUGUUCUACCUCUUAAUGUCGUUAAUGACUCCAGCACUUUGGACAUUGACUUUAAAUUCAUGGAAGACAUCGAGAAAUCAGAAGCUCGCAUAGGCAUUCCCAGUACAAAGUAUUCAAAAGAAACACCUUUUGUUUUUAAAUUAGAAGAUUACCAAGAUGCAGUUAUCAUUCCAAGGUAUCGCAAUUUUGAUCAGCCUCAUCGAUUUUAUGUAGCUGAUGUGUACACUGAUCUUACCCCACUGAGUAAAUUUCCUUCCCCUGAGUAUGAAACUUUUGCAGAAUAUUAUAAAACGAAGUAUAACCUUGACCUGACCAAUCUCAACCAGCCGCUGCUGGAUGUGGACCACACAUCUUCAAGACUUAAUCUUUUGACACCUCGCCAUUUGAAUCAGAAGGGGAAAGCUCUUCCUCUGAGCAGCGCUGAAAAGAGGAAAGCCAAAUGGGAGAGUCUGCAGAACAAACAGAUCCUGGUUCCAGAACUCUGUGCUAUCCAUCCAAUUCCAGCAUCACUGUGGAGAAAAGCAGUCUGUCUCCCCAGCAUCCUUUAUCGCCUUCACUGCCUUUUGACCGCGGAGGAGCUAAGAGCCCAGACGGCCAGCGAUGCUGGUGUGGGAGUCAGAUCACUUCCCGUGGAUUUUAGAUACCCCAACUUAGACUUCGGGUGGAAAAAAUCCAUCGACAGCAAAUCUUUCAUCUCAGUUGCUAACUCCUCUUCAGCUGAAAACGAGAACUACUGUAAGCACAGCCCCCUCGUCCCUGAACAUGCUGCACAUCGAGGUGCUAACCGACCCUCCGCUCUCGAAAAUCACGACCACACGUCUGUGAACUGCCGAGCGCUCCUCAGCGAGUCACCUGCUAAGCUCCCGAUCGACGUUGCAACAGAUCUGACAGCAGUGAACGGUCUUUCGUACAAUAAAAAUCUUGCCAAUGGCAGUUGCGACUUAGCUAACAGAGACUUUUGCCAAGGAAAUCAUCUGAGUUACUACAAGCAGGAAAUACCUGUACAACCAACUACCUCAUAUCCCAUUCAGAAUUUAUACAGUUAUGAGAACCAGCCCCAGCCCAGCGAUGAAUGUACUCUACUGAGUAAUAAAUACCUUGAUGGAAAUGCUAACAAAUCUACCUCAGAUGGACGUCCCACGAUGCCUGGUACUACAGAGGCUGGUAAGGCGCUUUCGGAAAGGAUGGCUUCUGAGCAGAGCCCUGCUCCGGGCUACUCCCCGAGGACUCUUGGCCCAAACCCUGGACUCAUCCUUCAGGCUCUGACCCUUUCAAACGCUAGUGACGGAUUUAACCUGGAGCGGCUCGAAAUGCUCGGCGACUCCUUCUUAAAGCACGCCAUCACCACGUAUCUCUUUUGCACUUACCCUGAUGCUCACGAGGGCCGCCUUUCGUAUAUGAGAAGCAAAAAGGUCAGCAACUGUAACCUGUAUCGGCUUGGGAAGAAGAAGGGCCUGCCCAGCCGCAUGGUGGUGUCGAUAUUUGAUCCCCCUGUGAACUGGCUUCCUCCUGGUUAUGUAGUAAAUCAAGACAAAAGUAACACAGACAAAUGGGAAAAAGAUGAAAUGACAAAAGACUGCGUGCUGGCUAACGGCAGACUGGACGCCGACCUGGAGGAGGAGGACGCCGCCGCGCUGGUGUGGAGGCCGCCCAGGGAGGAGGCCGACGACGACGAGGACCUCCUGGAGUACGACCAGGAGCACAUCCGGUUCAUAGACAGCAUGCUGAUGGGGUCAGGAGCUUUCGUCAAGAAGAUCGCGCUUUCUCCCUUCUCGGCCGCUGAUUCUGCCUAUGAGUGGAAGAUGCCCAAAAAGGCCCCCCUGGGUAGCAUGCCCUUUUCCGCAGAUUUCGAGGACUUUGACUACAGCUCGUGGGAUGCCAUGUGCUAUCUGGACCCCAGCAAAGCCGUUGAAGAGGAUGACUUUGUGGUGGGCUUCUGGAAUCCAUCCGAAGAGAACUGUGGUGUGGACACAGGCAAACAGUCCAUUUCUUACGACUUGCACACGGAGCAGUGCAUCGCUGACAAAAGCAUCGCCGACUGUGUGGAAGCCCUGCUGGGCUGCUACUUAACCAGCUGUGGCGAGCGGGCCGCUCAGCUCUUCCUCUGCUCGCUGGGCCUGAAGGUGCUCCCGGUGGUGAAGAGGACCGAUCGGGCAAAGGCCGUGUGCCCGGCCAGGGAGAGCUUCACCAGCCAACAAAAGACCCUUGCCGGGGGCCGGCCUGCCGCCUCCGCCGCCGGCUCCCGCUCUUCCGGGUUGAAAGACUUGGAGUACGGUUGUUUGAAGAUCCCACCGAGAUGUAUGUUUGAUCACCCAGACGCAGACAGGACACUCAGUCACCUCAUCUCGGGCUUCGAAAACUUCGAAAGGAAGAUCAACUACAGCUUCAAGAAUAAGGCUUACCUUCUGCAGGCCUUCACCCACGCCUCCUACCACUACAACACCAUCACCGAUUGUUACCAGCGCCUGGAGUUCCUGGGAGAUGCCAUUCUGGACUACCUCAUAACCAAGCACCUUUACGAAGACCCGCGGCAGCACUCCCCGGGGGUCCUGACCGACCUGCGCUCCGCUCUGGUCAACAACACCAUCUUCGCCUCGCUGGCCGUCAAGUACGACUACCACAAGUACUUCAAGGCCGUGUCGCCCGAGCUCUUCCACGUCAUCGACGAUUUUGUGCAGUUUCAGCUUGAGAAGAACGAGAUGCAAGGGAUGGAUUCUGAGCUUAGGAGAUCUGAGGAGGAUGAAGAGAAAGAAGAGGAUAUUGAAGUUCCGAAGGCCAUGGGGGACAUUUUUGAGUCGCUUGCUGGUGCCAUUUACAUGGAUAGUGGAAUGUCACUGGAGGUGGUUUGGCAGGUGUACUAUCCGAUGAUGCGGCCGCUAAUAGAAAAAUUUUCUGCAAACGUGCCCCGUUCGCCCGUGCGAGAAUUGCUUGAAAUGGAACCAGAAACCGCCAAAUUUAGCCCGGCUGAGAGAACUUACGAUGGCAAGGUCAGAGUCACCGUGGAAGUCGUAGGAAAGGGGAAAUUCAAAGGUGUUGGCCGAAGUUACAGGAUUGCCAAAUCUGCAGCAGCACGACGAGCCCUGCGAAGCCUCAAAGCUAAUCAACCUCAGGUUCCCAACAGCUGAAACCCCUUUUUAAAAUAACGAAAAGAAGCAGAGUUAAGGUGGAAAAUAUUUAAGUGGAAAAGGAUGAUUUAAAAUUGACAGUGAGUGGAAUGAAUUGAAGGCAGAAUUUAAAGUUUGAUAACAAGCUAGAUUGCAGAAUAAAACAUUUAACAUAUGUAUAAAACCUUUGGAACUAAUUGUAGUUUUAGUUUUUUGCGCAAACACAAUCUUGUCUUCUUUCCUCACUUCCGCUUUGUUUGAAUCACAAGAGUGCUUUAAUGAUGACAUUAGCAAGUGUUCAGAAUACUUAUGGACAGUUUCUGUUGUGUUGUGUUUGUUGUAGUUUAAUUUCCUUCGGCUUUGCUUAGCGUUAGGAGGCCAGGGAGCUUCAACCCCAGAGCUUGGUGGCGCUCUCCCUGCCGGCCGGCCGUGAUCGGGGCGGGCGUGGCGGUGCCAGCCCCGGUAGGUAGGGGGUGAGCCGAGGAGAGCCACGCGGUUUGCAAGCGGAGUGUGCCAGGCUUGUCUUUUCUUUCCGUGUUCCGCUGUGUGAGAUGAUGUUUCCCGGUCGCUAUUGCACUAGACGGUAGGCACAGGUUUUCUGUGAACGUUGGCUGGCACGUUGGCAGAUCACAUUUUCAUUUUCUCAUGCCACGUACUCUUGCAUUAAAAAAAAAAAGGUUCUUGCCUUAAAAGUAAAACCCUCACGGAUAUUCUUUCAUUUCUGAUCUUUUCGGAACAAACAGUUUUACAUUCCCUGUUAUUAGACGUUAGACCUUGAGACAGCGUGAUACUUAAAACUCACUAGUAUAGUUGUAACUUAACUUAUUGCAGGAUUAUAUUAGAAUUUCUGUCAUGUGUGUACUGAGGACAUUUUAAAAACCAGAACAUGUCGUCUAUGGAUUUUUUUUAAAUACCAUAAUAAAAAUAAUCUUUGGCUAAAUACCCAGUUUUACUAAAAACCUCCUGCUAGGUAGUUCCACUGAUGGACAUUGUUUGUGGCAAAUAAUUUUGCCCUGUAGGCUGUUGCUCUAACAAAAUAAACUUUAGACAUAUCAUACCUAAAAUAUGCUGCACAUUUUAUAAUGGAUUGGUAUUUAAAGAAGCAAAACAGAGCACCUUAGCCCUAGUCUUCUCACGUGCAUUUCUCUCUGCACCUCUCACAGUGUUGCAUGCCUGUGUCACCUACCAAAGCUGUGCUGUCGAUGCCAUGAAAGUUUAACAUUUGCGAUAAACUGCCGGACUUUUGAUACGCCUGUGAUUUAGGCCAUUAAUUUAGAUAAACUAGCUCAUUAUUUCCAUCUUUGGAAAAGGAAGAAAAAAAAACAUAUUUAGGCAUUUGCCUAAGUUUCUCUAAUUAGACUAGUAGGCAUUCUUCACUUAAAUACCUCAGUUCUUUUCUUUUGCAUGCAUUUUUCCCCCCUGUUUGGUGCUAUGUUUAUGUAUUAUGCUUGAAAUUUUAUUUUAUUUUUUUUUUUUGCACUGUAACUAUAAUACCUCUUAAUUUACCUUUUUAAACGCUGUGGGUCAGUCUCGCACUCCCACCAACAUACCAGUAGAGGUUUGCUGCAAUUCGCCCUGUUAAUUAUGCUUGAAAUUUAAGAAAGCUGAGCAGAGGUGUCUAAUAUUUUCCAGCACAUCAUUCUGAACGUGAUGCUUCAUGUAAUGCUGCGUUUAUGUUUUCAGUUGCAGCCGAAUCCCGUACUUCUGGCUUUAUCUACACCCCCUGCCCCCAGAGAAACACCUCUGCGUGUGUGCACAGGGAAAACUGUCAGCUUGGCUUUGUAAGGAGACUUGAGCGAAGGGGGGUGUUCAGCUUCUCCAGCGGGAUUUGUUGUCUCCGAUCUUAACUUAAGAUCUAAAUUGCUAAAUGAGUUUUUGAGCAAAUUAAUUUGGUUGGACUCGUUUUUAAGAUAUUUAAUUCUGAUCUGGAACCUUAGAUUUCUGUUUGAUUUUUUAAGAAACCUUAAUGUAAGCUCUCCUGGCAAUUUCAAAUCAAGCGAUUCUUGAAUUCUCUAACUGUAAAUGUGUACCAUUAUUAACAAGGAAGGCCGGAUAUGAAUUUUACUUGUGAGGGUGAUUUGUGAUAAAGUUGUAUCACAAGUCUCUUGAUAAUUUAUAAACUACCUGAUGCCAGGAAGCUUGGGGCCUCGCAUUGUGUCUAAUGCACUAAUCCCAGCAUUGAGCGAGUCUCCGGCCUCCUGGCACCAAAAUCAGCUGGUUUCACAGUUACAAUUCCCAUUGGGAGACAAAUGCCUCAAUAUAUUUUGUAACCUUAAGAAGAGUAUUUUUCGUUAAUACUAAAAAGUUCAGACUUGGAUAAGAUUAGGUCAUACAGUCUCAGGGGUUCAGAUUUCCUGCUACCAGUCAAAAUGUUUUAUCAACAGCAAACUUUAGCUUCUCUUUCUUUCUCUUUUCUUUUCUUUCUUUUUUUUUUUUUGUUGGAGAACAAUAGCUGAUUUUAAUUUGUGACUCACACUUUGAAGCAAUCUAUGACCCCCUGGUUACUAAGUUAAAAAAUACAGACUCUGAGUUGGACAUGCGUGUGAAAUGGUUGUGAACGCUUUUGUGCUGCUGAUUUUUAAUGCUGUAAACUCCCCCACCCCCCGCCCCGCCCCGGGUUAGCUUGUGGAAGUGUUCUGAAUCCAUUAAGGAAAAAGUCACUUUGUGCAGCCCCACUCCACCACCUUGUCUGUCGUGCUCUUGUUCCCGUGGUCGUGGUGUGAGACGAGGGUGGCCGAGGCCCGCGGGCUGCAGCGGGGGUGUGCGGCCAGCACCCGCCGGCAGGGCUGCUCGGCGGCUCGAAAGCAGCCGCGGAGAUUCCCCACGACGACUGUGUGGAGGCGGGUUGGUGCGAACCCCGGUUGUAAAUGUGUUCUGUUUCUUUUGUAAUAUACUUGGAGCAGUCCUGACGAUGCUGCGUUUCGUCACAGCUUUCUUCUCGCCCUGUUCUGUUCCUGUAGCACAGACGAGCACUGCACUUGGUACCACGCUUUACCUCAUUUCAAGGCAAAUGUGCUUAACCGAGAGGAAAAAAUGUGGUUUGGCCUUGCUGCUGUUUCGAUUGACCGAAUUUGAAAAAGAUGGUGAUAAUGCCUGCAGUGUGUCGUGGACUCGCGCAACUGAAAUAGGUCAUUUUUGUCUGUGGCAUUUUCACUGUUUGUGAGAGUAUGACAAAGAUUUGUUAACUCUUAAUUUCGUUUUAAAGAUGUUUGUUACAUUUCCCCCCUUUUUUCCCUUGAUGUCAUGUGAAGUCAUGAAAUUUACAGUGACCUCUCACACUCCUGUCAUUGUCAGUGAAAAUACGGAUAUUUUGACUUUCUUCUUAAUAGCUUGCCCUCAGAGAGAUUCAGACGACCCUGCCUAAAUAGCAAGGGACCGGAGGCUGCUUUGGCUCUGUUGGUUCAGUUCAUAAAUACAGUUAUUCACCCAGCGGUUGGCCCCUUUCGUCUUCACCUGACAUCGGACGGUGGCUGCGGAGACAGUGGAAUCCCAGACCUGCCGCAGUUCAGUCUUCAGGCCCCUUUGAUUUAAAACGUCCUAUCUCGCUCCGUUAGGAUAUCUAAUCCUUUGACACAAAAUGUAAGCCACCACCCUGAGACCUUGAUGUCUUCAUUUACAACGCAUCUGCAAUUCUGUCAGCCCUGAAUCCGUUUGUGUUAAGCUGCGGAGGAAAACCCAUGUCUUGUUUAUUACCUAUACGGUUAUUUUAAUGACAUUUAAAUAGGUAUAUUUUUUCAACCACUGAUUACUUUUCAGGAACGUAAUUAUUUCCAAAUAAAUUUCUUUAUUUUAUAUUGUACAUGAAAAGUUUUUAAGAUAUGUUUAAGACCAAGAAUAUUGAAAUGAUUUUAAAAGUUGUGGGAGACGCCAGUAGCAAUAUCUAGGGGGAUUUGCAUUGAGACUAUUGUAUUUUCCACUAGCAGUGAAAAUGAUCUUUCAAACCUAACUUGUAAAUAUAUUUUAAUCAUUAAUUGUUUUUUUUUUUCCCCUCUAGUCCAUUUUUAUUUGGACAUCCACCACAAUUUAAAUUUUAUCGAUGCCCUCAGAAUUCACUGCAGCAGCGGGAUACGUAGCAAAAAUGCAGAGGUGAACAGGAAAUAAAAUUUCUGGCUUUUCUGCUGUAAAUAAACGGAAAGAAAAUGACUAAAAUCAAGUAAAACUAACACAUAUAAUUUGAUUGACAAUAAACUAUUUACCAUCACAUAUGCUGCGCUGUUUUUAAGAAACAUGAUGUAAUUCAUUCACACGUUAAUCGUGCUGCAGAAAUUUGCAGUCUGCACCUUAUGGGUCACGAUUACCUUUAGUCUUUUUUUUUUUUUUUUUGUAAUAAUUGUAGCCAAGUAAAUCUCCAAUAAAGUUAUGGUCUGUUCA